GAAUUAUGGAGUAUGAAGAGGCAUGGACCAACUUUCUGCACUCCACUUAUCGUCCUAUUUCGUCUGUAAAGUCAGGCGACUCAAGAGAUAUAACGAUUGUACGGUCUUGGCGGUGAGAAUUCAAUCAGCAGGUCAUGGCUCGGAAGCCCGUCUGGUAGGAUCUUCGCAAGUGUGAGAUCUAUUCAAACUCACGUGUUGGCUUACAAGGCCCUAUAUCAACAUCGCAAGUUCGUCUCCAUAUCCACAAUAACCCGGACUUCUGUGCAUCGGGAAUCUGUCUCUAGCGUUUUAGACAUGUCCAAACAAAUACGUCUCGGUAUUCUCACACCUUCCUCAAAUACCGCGUUGGAACCCCUCACUUUCCAGAUUCUUUCCUCCCUUCCAAAUGUCUCCGUUCACUUCUCCCGUUUCCCAGUCACAAAGAUCAGUCUCUCACCUGAGGGUCUCGCCCAGUUCGACCACUCAGUCAUCAUUAAAGCCGCUCAACUACUCGCCCAUGCUGAAGUUGAUAUGAUAGGCUGGAGUGGAACGGCAGCAGGGUGGAUGGGAUUCGAGAGCGACGAGAAACUCUGCGAAGCCAUUACCAAAGCUACGGGUAUCCCCACCACCACCUCCGUAUUGGCUUUGAACAAGGCUUUAGAUAUUUUCAAGAUCAAGAAGCUUGGACUGGUCACGCCCUACCUAGAUGACGUCCAGGAGAGGAUUGUGAAGAAUUACACCAACUAUGGGGUGGAAGUCACCUCGAAAACGGAACGUCACCUGCGCGUUGCGAAGAACACCGACGUUGCGAAAAUCGGAGAAGAUGCAUUGGAGAAGAUGGUAGGAGACGUGGUUGAGGGGGGUGCAGAGGCUGUCUCGACGUUUUGCACAAAUCUGAUAGCGGCGCACAAGGUCGAGCUUUGGGAGGCAAAGUACGGUGUUCCGGUGUUCGAUACUGUCACCACGGUCACUUGGGAUAUGUUGAGGCAGUGUGGGGUAGAUACGAAAGCGAUCAAAGGGUGGGGGAGAAUAUUCCAAGAGGCAUGAUCAAAUUGAAAUAGUUUGAUGCACUGCUGAAGAUGUAUACCAUGAAAUGUACGAUAGUCACAAUGGAAAGGAGUGAAUCUGAAUCGAACUCCCCUUGAGCGUGGUACUUGCAUCGGUAUGGCGUCGUUUGCGUGUAAUUUUGCCUAUCCCGAGAUGAGCAGGAUAUUGGCUCGUAUUGAGAGGGUAGUUGAGAGCUGAGACGGGACUU